CGAUCAGAGUGGUUCUAGGCAGAUCAGUGGGGAAGCAGCAUCCGCCAUGGCGGGAGAUAAGACUGCCGAGGAUCCUCCACAGAUCGUUGAUUGCAUCCCUUUGAUCGAAGCAGCCACGAAGCAAAAGGAGCAAGGCAAUGCUGCCGUUCAGAGGAAAGCCUUUGGUGAGGCCAUCACGGCCUAUGGGCAGGCGAUCCAGAUCCUGGACAAGGCAGAUGGACAUCCAGUGUUGCGCAGUGAAGGUGAGCAGAUGGUGGUCUUAAAGGCUACGCUGUACAGCAACACCUCUCAGUGUUACCUCAGCCAGGAGCUUUAUCGCAGAGCCAUCGACGCCGCUGAUGCCUGCCUCAAGCUGGAUCCCGAGCAUGUGAAGGCUCUUCAUCGGCGAAGUCAGGCCUUCGAGAAGAUUCACUCCUACGCGGCGGCCUUAUUGGAUCUACGGGAGCUGCGAAGGCUGGGUGGCCUCUCCAAGGAGAUGUUAGAUGCGCGUUCCGCCGAGCUCGAGAAGAAGCAGGCUGCGGUGGAACAAGUUGCCAGGGAAGCUGCCGAAGACAAAGCAGAUGACCCAAUUGGCAUGGCCAUGACCAACGUGAAGGAGCGCUUCGAUGAGAUUUGCGACAAGUACGACUUGCGUGAUGGCGAUGCUGCUGGAGAGGUCGCGGACUGGCUCACGUCGGGUGAGUGGGACGUGACCCCGAAACGCGUGGCUCAACGCUUCAAGAUGGAGGAGGAAGAUGCGCAGGUCUUCCUCGCGUGGAUUGCGCAAGGCUUGGACUUUAAGGCCACUUCCAGAACUGCCCAGUCCGCAACGCCGAAGCCCAAGCCGCGGCCGCGGCCGUCGCGCCCUCGCCUUCACUGCUGGAGAGCUGAGCUGCAGACGCCGCGCGUGGACCCGGCAGCGCACCGCGCCACAAAAGAAGAAACGCCUGCACUGCGGUGGUUGUGUUCAAAACGUGUCGCGGUUGUCGAACCAUCAGUGCGGAGAACGAAGCAGAUGAGAUCCACUCAGAAGUGCGACCCGAGCAUUCUGUGAAGCUUCAUCCGACGAAUCCCAG